UUCAGAAAAGAUUGGCAUCCUAUCCACCAGUCAACUAAAGUCAAGAGUUCAAAAUUACUAUGACCGAGCAAGAGCAAGAAUGGGAAAACUUAAACAAGUUAUUAAGACAACAUGGCUUAAGACCUGUAUGCCUUGAUAUGCCUGGAAGUUGUGGAAAUGUGCCAGACACAGAGAAAAUUGUUAUGGACAAACAGUCCUCGGAAGCAGUACAGCAUGCACUGAAAACAUUAAUGGAAGAAACAGAGCGUCAACGAAAAAUCAUUCGUGGCUUGAUAGAAGACAAUCACCAGCUUAGAGAUGAAUUACGCUUGGAGAGAAGUCGGGCUUCCCGACAGGAACAACGAGCUAAUGAUUUGGACGUCAUUGUGGAAAAUGUCAAACAUAAAAUACGUCAACUGGAAGACGAGUCAAUAGCUAAUGCUUCUCAGCAACAUAACCAAGUCAGAGAUCUUCAGAAAGAUCAUGAAAUUUCACAGGCAGUGUACCGCCACCAAGCGAAACAGUUGGAGGAGCAAGAAGAGACGAUUGCCCAUUUACAAAAGGAGCUUUCUAAGCUGGGUCUGGAAGAGCAGCAGCGUAUCGCCACUCAGAAAAAAAUGUUCCGCCAGUUUUGUAAGCAGGCUCCAAGAACUCAUUUGGAUCAGCAGAUUGGGUGUCUAAUUGAUUAUUAUGAAUCUCAGAUCAGCCAUGUAAGAAAAGAACUAAGGAAAUACAAGAAAGAGAUCAAUCAUUUACAAGACGAAGGAAAAGAUGAGGAUGAAUUCUUGAAGAAUAUAGAUGCUACUGCUAAUUACAAAGCCCUGCUUAUGUCUUUCCAGACACAAAUAAUUGAAACAAAAGCUCGAAAUGAACAGCUUAUGCAUGAAAAUACUAAUCUCAAGAAAGAGAUGGAAAUUAGGCCAACUGCGCAAGAACUAAAAUUUUAUAAACACCAAGUGAAGAAGCUGGAGAAAAUAUUAAAGAACAUCAAAUCACUUGAGAGCAGUGAAGAAGAAAACAUGAAAGAAAAUAGAGAACUUAAAAAAGGUUUGGGAGGAAGCCAGCUGCAGGAAGUUUGCAGAAGAUAUUUACAGGUAUUAUCCAGCAUUGACUCUAUUAUCAGAAGCCCAAGGAGAGCUCCUCUAAUAACACUCAUGCAGAAAAAGGGCCUUGGGAAAAGCUGCACUGAGGAGGGAAGUGGAUUUGAGCAUCUCCCCGCUGUGAUUGAAAUCUGGGCUGACCAGCUAAUGGCCCUGAAGAUCUUGCACCAGUCCCUGAAAAAGCUGUCUCUGCAAUUAGUUCCUUGGUAUACCAAAACUAUGCAGGAUACCAGUGAAUGUAUUAGAGUUGAGGACCUUCAGCAAAUAGUAAAUGAAAUCUCUGAAGAAGUAGGCAAUGAAGAAAAGAAAAGUCUGAUUCCUUCACAACAAACCUUGUAUACCAUUGUCUGUCAUUUUCAAAAACUGUUUGAUGUGAAGACCCUAAAUGGCAUUUACCCUCGAAUGAAUGAGGUUUAUACAAAACUUGGCGAAAUGAUCAAUGCUAUGAGGAACCUCUGUGACCUCUUAGAACUAGAUAGCUCAGCACCACCUAGUGUCCUGGUGAACACUGUUGGAAAGCUAUGCAAUUUGUUUAAUGAGAAUGUGGCCUGGCAGGUGGAACAACUCCUGGGCACACAAGACAUUGAAAGCAUUAUCUACAAGUUAGAAGAACAUGACGACUUUUUCCCAGCAUUUCAUGCUCUUAUUAACAACUUACUUCGUGUUCUGGAAGUCAGAAGUCUCGCAGAAAUAUUACCUGCUGUACAGAAGCUGAAAUGGAUGGUCCAAUAAUAUAAACUAAAUGUAAACUUUUAACAUGUUGACUACCUCUU